CUUCCAUCUUACGAAACAUAUCUGUCCUUCUGAUACUGAAUUUAUAUUCCACCUUUUUGUCUCCUGCAAGAAACUCAAGGUGGCUUCUAUGGUCGUCUUUCACGCAACAACAGCCUUGUGAGAGGGACUGGAGGACUUGACGCCUUGCGCCCUGACUCGGCGCAGCCAUGUCGGGAACCGUCAUUAUCCUCCAGCAGUUUGCGAGUGGCCUCAAGAGCCGGAAUGAAGAAGCCAGGGCAAAGGCUGCCAAGGACCUGCAGCACUAUGUCACCAUGGAACUCCGUGAGAUGAGCCAAGAGGAAUCCACACGGUUUUAUGACCAGCUGAAUCACCACAUCUUUGAACUGGUCUCCAGUUCAGAUGCAAAUGAGAGAAAAGGAGGCAUUUUGGCUAUAGCAAGCCUCAUCGGCGUUGAGGGAGGCAAUGCCACGCGGAUUGGUCGGUUUGCUAACUACUUAAGGAACCUCCUUCCCUCCAAUGAUCCUGUUGUCAUGGAGAUGGCAUCCAAGGCCAUCGGGCGCCUUGCGAUAUCGGGUGACACGUUCACGGCCGAAUAUGUGGAGUUUGAAGUGAAGCGAGCGCUGGAGUGGCUUGGAGCCGACAGAAAUGAAGGACGGAGACAUGCUGCGGUCCUGGUUCUGCGAGAGCUGGCCAUCAGCGUCCCCACGUUCUUCUUCCAGCAAGUACAGCCAUUUUUUGAUAACAUUUUCGUCGCUGUGUGGGAUCCCAAGCAGGCCAUCCGCGAGGGAGCUGUUUCUGCCUUACGGGCCUGCCUCAUCCUGACAACCCAGCGGGAGUCGAAGGAGAUGCAGAAGCCGCAGUGGUACCGGCAAACAUAUGAAGAAGCCGAGAAGGGUUUCGACGAGACGGUGGCCAAGGAGAAGGGCAUGAACCGCGACGACCGAAUCCACGGUGCCUUGCUGAUCCUGAAUGAGCUGGUGAGGAUCAGCAGCAUGGAGGGAGAGCGUCUUCGAGAAGAGAUGGAGGAGAUCACGCAGCAGCAGAUGGUCCAUGACAAGUACUGCAAAGACCUGCUGGGCUUUGGGGCCAAACCGCGCCACAUCACCCCCUUCUCCAGCUUCCAGUCGGUGCAGCCCCAGCAGUCCAAUGCCUUGGUGGGGCUCCUGGGCUUCAGUCCUCAGCCCGGAAUCAUGGGCUUUGGUGCCUCGCCUGUCCCAGUCAAGUCCACCCUGGUCGAGAGCCGGUGCUGCAGGGAGCUGAUGGAGGAGAAGUUUGAUCAGGUGUGCUGCUGGGUUUUGAAGUGCCGAAGCAACAAGAACUCCCUCAUCCAGAUGACUGUGCUCAGCUUGCUUCCACGGCUGGCAGCUUUUCGCCCUUCUGCCUUCACAGCUGACCACUACCUUCCAGACACCAUGAACCAUGUUCUCAGUUGUGUUAAGAAGGAGAAAGAGCGGAUGGCGGCGUUCCAGGCCUUGGGCUUGCUCUCGGUGGCUGUGAGGUCGGAAUUCCAGGUUUAUCUGCCUAAAGUCCUCGAAAUUAUCAAGACCGCCCUCCCACUGAAGGAAUUCGCUCAUAAGAGGCAGAAAUCUGUGCAGGUGGACGCCACCGUCUUUACCUGCAUCAGCAUGCUGGCGCGGGCAAUGGGGCCUUCCAUCCAGCAGGACAUCAAGGAGCUCCUGGAACCCAUGCUGGCUGUGGGACUGAGCCCCGCCCUGACAGCCGUGCUGUACGACCUGAGUCGCCAGAUCCCUCAGCUCAAGAAGGAGAUCCAGGAUGGGCUGCUGAAGAUGCUCUCCUUGGUGCUGAUGCACCGGCCCCUGCGCCACCCGGGCAUGCCCAAAGGCCUGGCGCACCAGCUGGCGUCCCCCAGCCUCUCCAGCCUCCCCGAGGCCAACGACGUGGGCAGCCUCACGCUGGCGCUCCGCACCCUGGGCAGCUUUGAGUUUGAGGGACAUUCGCUGACGCAGUUUGUCCGGCACUGCGCGGACCACUUCCUCAACAGCGAGCACAAGGAGGUCCGCAUGGAGGCGGCCCGCACGUGCUCCCGCCUGCUGACGCCCUCCAUCCACCUGAUCAGUGGCCAUGCCCACGUCGUCAGCCAGACCGCCGUGCAGGUGGUGGCAGAUGUCCUCGGCAAACUGCUGGUGGUGGGAAUCACGGACCCAGACCCUGACAUCCGAUACUGCGUGCUGGCCUCCUUGGACGAGCGGUUUGACGCACACCUGGCCCAGGCGGAGAACUUGCAGGCUCUCUUCGUGGCCCUGAAUGACCAGGUGUUCGAGAUCCGUGAGCUGGCCAUCUGCACGGUGGGCCGGCUGAGCAGCAUGAACCCCGCCUUCGUCAUGCCCUUCCUGCGCAAGAUGCUGAUUCAGAUCUUGACUGAGCUGGAGCACAGUGGUGUCGGCAGGAUCAAAGAGCAGAGUGCCCGGAUGCUGGGGCACUUGGUCUCCAAUGCUCCGCGGCUGAUCCGGCCGUACAUGGAGCCCAUCCUCAAGGCGCUGAUUGUGAAACUGAAAGACCCUGACCCUGAUCCCAACCCGGGGGUGAUCAACAAUGUCCUGGCUACCAUUGGUGAACUGGCCCAGGUGAGUGGGCUGGAGAUGAGAAAGUGGGUGGAUGAACUCUUCAUCAUCAUCAUGGACAUGCUGCAGGACUCCUCCUUGCUUGCCAAGAGACAGGUGGCGCUCUGGACACUGGGCCAGCUGGUGGCCAGUACCGGCUACGUGGUGGAGCCCUACAGGAAGUACCCCACUCUCCUGGAGGUGCUGCUGAACUUCCUGAAGACGGAGCAGAACCAGGGCACCCGGAGAGAGGCCAUACGGGUCCUUGGUCUCCUGGGGGCUCUGGACCCAUACAAGCACAAGGUGAACAUUGGCAUGAUAGACCAGUCACGGGACGCUUCGGCCGUCAGCCUCUCGGAGUCGAAAUCAAGCCAGGAUUCCUCCGAUUACAGCACCAGCGAGAUGCUGGUGAACAUGGGCAACCUCCCACUGGACGAGUUCUACCCGGCCGUCUCGAUGGUGGCCCUCAUGAGGAUCUUCCGGGACCAGUCCUUGUCCCACCACCACACUAUGGUGGUCCAAGCCAUCACCUUUAUCUUUAAGUCCCUCGGCCUCAAGUGCGUGCAUUUCCUGCCUCAGGUCAUGCCGACCUUCCUCAACGUCAUCCGGGUGUGUGACGGGGCCAUCCGCGAGGUAAAAGAAGAUGGUGACAGUGUACUGGGGAGAAGAGCUGAGUUCCUGUUCCAGCAGCUGGGAAUGUUGGUGUCUUUUGUGAGAAGCCACAUUAGACCGUACAUGGAUGAAAUCGUCACCCUCAUGAGAGAUUUCUGGGUUGUGAACAAUUCAAUACAAAGUACCAUUAUCCUCCUCAUAGAGCAGAUUGUGGUGGCUUUGGGUGGGGAGUUCAAGCUGUACCUUCCCCAGCUCAUCCCUCACAUGCUGCGGCUCUUUAUGCAUGACAGCAGCAGCACCCGCAACGUCUCGACCAAGCUGCUGAACGCUAUUCAGCUCUUUGGAGCCAAUCUGGAUGACUACCUGCAUUUAUUACUGCCUCCCAUUGUAAAGCUCUUUGACGCCCCAGAUGCCCCGAUAUCUGCUCGCAAAGCUGCCUUGGAAACGGUGGAUCGCUUGACGGAGUCUCUGGAUUUCACUGAUUAUGCCUCCCGGAUUAUCCACCCCAUAGUGCGGACUCUGGAUCAGAGCCCGGAGCUUCGGACAACUGCCAUGGACACGCUGUCGUCCCUUGUCUUCCAACUAGGGAAGAAGUAUCAGAUCUUUAUCCCGAUGGUGAACAAGGUGUUGGUCCGUCACAGGAUAAACCACCAGCGCUAUGACGUCCUCAUCUGUAGGAUCGUGAAGGGCUACACGCUUGCGGAUGAAGAAGAGGACCCUCUGAUCUACCAGCACCGUGUGCAGAGGAGCAGCCAAGGGGAAGCGCUGGCCAGUGGCCCUGUGGAAACCGGCCCCAUGAAGAAGCUGCACGUCAGCACCAUCAACUUGCAGAAGGCUUGGGGAGCGGCCCGGAGAGUUUCCAAGGACGAUUGGCUGGAGUGGUUGAGACGGCUGAGUUUGGAAUUGCUGAAGGAUUCCUCCUCUCCAUCGCUGCGCUCGUGUUGGGCAUUGGCUCAGGCGUACAACCCCAUGGCCAGAGAUCUUUUCAAUGCAGCUUUUGUUUCGUGCUGGUCUGAACUGAACGAAGACCAGCAGGAUGAGUUGAUCCGCAGCAUCGAGCUGGCCCUGACCUCUCAGGAUAUCGCGGAGGUCACCCAGACCCUGCUGAAUCUGGCCGAGUUCAUGGAGCACAGUGACAAGGGACCAUUGCCGUUGGGCGACGACAACGGCAUCGUCUUGCUGGGGGAGCGGGCUGCCAAAUGUCGGGCGUACGCCAAGGCACUGCACUACAAAGAGCUGGAAUUCCAGAAGGGCCCGACUCCCGCAAUCCUGGAGUCUCUCAUCAGUAUCAACAAUAAACUGCAGCAGCCCGAGGCAGCUUCCGGGGUGCUGGAAUAUGCCAUGAAGCACUUUGGGGAGUUGGAAAUCCAGGCAACCUGGUAUGAGAAGCUGCAUGAGUGGGAAGAUGCUCUAGUCGCAUACGACAAAAAGAUGGACACAAACAAGGAUGACCCGGAACUGAUGCUGGGGCGCAUGCGCUGCCUGGAAGCCCUCGGGGAAUGGGGACAGCUGCACCAGCAGUGCUGUGAGAAAUGGACCUUGGUGAACGACGACACCCAGGCGAAAAUGGCGAGGAUGGCAGCCGCGGCUGCUUGGGGCUUAGGCCAGUGGGACAGCAUGGAGGAGUACACGUGCAUGAUCCCAAGGGACACCCACGACGGCGCCUUCUAUCGGGCCGUACUGGCGCUCCACCAGGAUCACUUCUCGCUGGCCCAGCAGUGCAUUGAUAAAGCCCGGGACUUGCUGGAUGCUGAGCUGACAGCCAUGGCAGGGGAGAGUUACAGCCGUGCCUACGGGGCAAUGGUCUCCUGCCAGAUGCUAUCAGAGCUGGAAGAAGUAAUCCAGUACAAACUUGUACCAGAGCGCCGUGAGAUCAUUCGGCAGAUCUGGUGGGAAAGACUGCAGGGCUGCCAGCGGAUCGUGGAGGACUGGCAGCGGAUACUCAUGGUCCGGUCGCUUGUGGUCAGCCCCCACGAGGACAUGAGGACGUGGCUGAAGUACGCCAGUCUGUGCGGCAAGAGCGGAAGGCUGGCGCUGGCCCAUAAGACCCUCGUCCUGCUCCUGGGGGUUGACCCGUCCCGGCAGCUGGAUCACCCGUUGCCAACUGUUCAUCCUCAGGUGACCUAUGCCUACAUGAAGCACAUGUGGAAAAGCGCCCGCAAGAUCGAGGCCUUCCAGCACAUGCAGCAUUUCGUGCAGACGGUGCAGCAGCAGGCCCAGCACGCCAUCGCCGCCGAGGACCAGCAGCACCGGCAGGAGCUGCACAAGCUCAUGGCGCGGUGUUUCCUGAAACUGGGCGAGUGGCAGCUGAACCUGCAAGGCAUCAAUGAGAGCACCAUCCCAAAGGUCCUGCAGUACUACAGCGCCGCCACGGAACACGACUGCAACUGGUACAAGGCUUGGCACGCCUGGGCGGUGAUGAACUUUGAGGCGGUCCUUCACUACAAGCACCAGAACCAAGCCAGGGACGAGAAGAAGCUGCGGCACGCCAGCGGGGCCAGCGUCACCAGCGCCAACACGGAGGGCAGCAACAGCGAGAGCGAAGCGGAGAGCGCCGAGAACAGCCCCGUCCCGUCCCCCGUGCAGAAGAAGGUGACAGAGGACUUGUCCAAAACGCUGCUGAUGUACACAGUUCCAGCCGUGCAGGGUUUUUUCCGGUCCAUCUCUUUGUCACGAGGAAACAAUUUGCAAGACACGCUCAGAGUCCUUACGUUAUGGUUCGACUAUGGCCACUGGCCAGAAGUAAAUGAGGCACUGGUUGAAGGAGUCAAGGCAAUCCAGAUUGAUACGUGGUUACAGGUCAUCCCUCAGCUCAUUGCUAGAAUUGAUACGCCUCGUCCUUUGGUGGGCCGACUGAUUUACCAGCUUCUCACCGACAUUGGCAGGUACCACCCACAGGCUUUGAUCUACCCGUUGACCGUAGCUUCAAAGUCGACAACCACCGCCCGUCACAACGCUGCCAACAAGAUCCUUAAGAAUAUGUGUGAACACAGUAACACGCUAGUCCAGCAAGCCAUGAUGGUGAGCGAAGAACUGAUCCGUGUAGCCAUCCUGUGGCACGAGAUGUGGCACGAAGGGCUGGAAGAGGCGUCUCGCCUCUAUUUCGGGGAGCGGAACGUUAAGGGGAUGUUCGAAGUGCUGGAGCCACUGCAUGCGAUGAUGGAGCGUGGGCCCCAGACGCUCAAGGAGACCUCCUUCAAUCAGGCUUAUGGCAGAGAUCUGAUGGAAGCCCAGGAGUGGUGCAGGAAGUACAUGAAAUCUGGGAACGUCAAGGACCUCACUCAGGCUUGGGAUCUGUAUUACCACGUCUUUCGGCGCAUCUCCAAGCAACUGCCUCAGCUGACCUCCUUGGAGCUCCAGUACGUUUCACCAAAACUGCUGAAGUGCCGAGAUCUGGAACUGGCCGUGCCGGGGACAUACGACCCCAACCAGCAAAUCAUCCGCAUCCAAUCCAUUGCUCCGUCGCUCCAAGUGAUCACGUCUAAGCAGAGGCCGAGGAAAUUAACUCUAAUGGGAAGCAAUGGGCACGAGUUCGUGUUCCUCCUGAAGGGCCACGAGGACCUGCGUCAGGAUGAGAGAGUGAUGCAGCUCUUCGGGCUCGUGAACACCCUGCUGGCCAACGACCCGACGUCUCUCCGCAAAAACCUGAGCAUCCAGCGGUACGCCGUGAUCCCGCUUUCCACCAACUCGGGGCUUAUCGGCUGGGUGCCUCACUGCGACACUCUGCACGCGCUCAUCCGGGACUACCGGGAGAAGAAGAAGAUCUUGCUCAACAUUGAGCACCGCAUCAUGCUGAGGAUGGCGCCUGACUAUGAUCAUCUCACCCUGAUGCAGAAGGUGGAGGUUUUCGAACACGCUGUGAACAACACCGCCGGCGAUGACCUUGCCAAGCUCCUGUGGCUGAAGAGUCCCAGCUCUGAGGUGUGGUUUGACAGAAGAACAAAUUACACUCGUUCGUUAGCCGUGAUGUCAAUGGUCGGCUAUAUUUUGGGGCUGGGUGACAGGCACCCCUCCAACCUCAUGCUUGACAGACUGAGUGGCAAGAUCCUGCACAUCGACUUUGGAGACUGCUUUGAGGUUGCAAUGACCAGAGAGAAGUUUCCGGAGAAGAUUCCUUUCAGGCUGACAAGGAUGCUGACAAACGCUAUGGAGGUGACUGGCUUAGAUGGAAAUUACAGAAUCACCUGCCACACGGUAAUGGAAGUUUUGCGAGAACACAAAGACAGCGUCAUGGCCGUGCUGGAAGCCUUUGUGUACGACCCCUUGCUGAACUGGAGGCUGAUGGACACAAACACGAAAGGCACUAAGCGGUCACGAACGAGGACGGACUCCUACUCUGCUAGCCAGUCUGUAGAAAUGUUGGACAAUGUGGAGCUUGGUGAGACCGCCCAUAAGAAACCUGGGACCACGGUGCCUGAAUCUAUCCAUUCCUUUAUAGGGGAUGGCCUUGUGAAACCCGAGGCGCUGAAUAAGAAGGCCAUUCAGAUCAUCAACAGGGUCCGCGACAAGCUAACCGGGCGCGACUUCUCCCACGAUGAAACGCUGGACGUGCCCACACAGGUGGAGCUGCUCAUCAAGCAGGCCACCUCCCACGAGAACCUCUGCCAGUGCUACAUCGGAUGGUGCCCUUUUUGGUAAUUGAAGACUUGUGAUGACGCACUUAGAGCCUUUCAGAGGCUUUGCAUUCCAAGUUUGUUCUCCUCAAAAGUGAGAAUUAGGAUGGGAGAAACUAGGUCUGUGGUCAGGCUGCAGAGACUGCCUUUGUCAAAUAUUUUGAACUAUAAAUGAGAAAACUGAACUGUAUAUAUUAAAAAUUGUUUCAAGCUGACUUAGAGCUGCUGUUUUCGGGGGGUGGGCUGAGCCAUCAUGAAACACAGGGGGUUUCAAAGUGUUUAAAACAAAACUGAAGCAUAGCGACCAAAUAAUUGCUAAGAAUAAUUUGGUCUUUGGGGAGUAACUUGGCAGAAAGACCGUCUCUUACGACAGACUUGGAUACAAGCAUAUUGGUAUUGUGACUGACCAAUGAUGAAUUCAUGGGUGUGACUCCAAGUGACCUUGCUUCAGUUUGGGACGGUGCAGAGCACCUGAAAACCUGCUCUCUUGCUCUUGGGUUGAAUUGCCUGCCUCGAAACUUCAGCCCAGACUAGACUGUGAUGGAUGCUUGUGGUGAUCACACACAUAUAGCAUGUUUCUGCAUGGAAGGGCCCGAAGAAACUAUCUUUAGGAGCAGAGCAUUGCAGUAGGGAUGGACAUUUGCAGAAUGUAGGUUUUGUGCAUCUGGAGGAAUUUUCCAUGCUGGCACUGAGUGAAAAGGAAAAGAAAAAAAUCUAGGGGGAAGCAUUAACGUCAAGUGUAAAACGUCAAGCAGUUAUGGGUUUGGAAGAGGGGGAAAUGAGUGCUUAAAACACGCGGGCGAAUGCCUGCGGUUGUUACUUUAUUUAAUAAAAAAGCAAAAUGCACACGUUGUACCCAUUUUAGAUUCCAUGUUGUAGUCUAAUAUUUUUGUGCCAAUAAAGUACAACUGUGUAAACCUGUA